AAGACCGGAAGGGGCCGAUACAUGGCCACCGAAGGGCGGGGCCGGACUGGGCGGGGCCCGGCGGCCCUCCCGAAAGUGGCGGUUUGCUGGAGGCGGUUACCUAGGAAUCCCGAGUAGUUUGAAUGUGUGGCGACCUGUGCACCGGUGCUUGGUCGGUGCUAUCUCAGCAGGAGUGGGACCCCCGAGGCCUAAGAAACAGGCUUUUAUCUGGCUCGGGACUCCCCGGCAUUCAUCGCUUCCCUCCAUAACCGGAUAGCAGUUAUUUGGACUCAGCCUCAGACCCAGGGGUCACAUGCCAGGAAGGAUGGCCCCCCUCAAGAAGCCUCGAAAUGCCGCAAGGUUGCCCCUGGCUUUAAAUCCCCUGAAGAGCAAGGACGUGUUGGCAGUGCUGGCCGAAAGGAACCAGGCUAUAGUGCCAGUUGGGGCCUGGGUGGAACCUGCCUUGCCAGAUAGUUCGGAAGUCCCAGCAUAUACUUCAGCAUAUAUGAUUGAAGAAGAACUAAAGGAACAACUAAGAAAAAAACAAGAAGCUCUGAAGCAUUUUCAGAGACAAGUCAAACGCCGAGUAAAUCAACAAAUCAGGUUGCGAAAAAAGCAUCAGCUUCAGAGAUCUUAUGAAGCAGCAGAAAAAGAAGGCUCUAUAGCCAUGCAGUCCUCAGAUCCAGCACAUUUAACUCCUAAAAGAACAAGUGUUUUUCCAAAGAACUUGAAUGCUGCAAUUGGAAGUGCUAGGUUACCUCCUUCCCAGGUGCUGGGGGAUGGACUAGAAGAUAGAGAGAAUCAGAAUGAAUUACUCCAACAACAAGCCCAGGCUCUUAGUCAAACCAUGAAACAGGCUCGUCACCGACUGGCAUCAUUUAAGACUGUGAACAAAAAAAAUGUGUCAGUGUUUCCAGAUGGUAGAAGAAAAACCUUUCCCCACCAAGAGGAACCUGACUCUGAGGAAUCUUCAUCUAUUUUGAUAGAUAAAAAAGGGAGAGAAAAUUUGUUUUGGGGAGACCAACAGGAUCUCCUUUCUGAAGACAGGGACAAACCUUUCAGCAGAGUUCAGAAAGCACAAUUCAAAAAUCCAUUAUUUGCUGUGAUGAAAGAGGAAGAGCAAAAGCAGUUAGAUCUUCAAGGCCUUCAGGAUAUUCUGCCAGAAGCCCAGGAUUAUCUUCCAGAAGCCCAAGGUGAUCUGCUGAAAAUCCAGGGUGAUUUGACAGGAGUCCAGAGUGUUGAGCUAGAAGCUAAGAGUAUUGAGCCAAAGGUCAACACCCAGGUUGUUGAAGUGGAAGGCCAAGCCACUGAGCCUGAAGCCCAGGCCAUUGAGCCUGAAAUCCAGACCGUUGAGCCUGAAGCCCAGACCUUUGAGCCUGAACCCCAGGCUGUUGAACCUGAAGCCCAGGCCACUGAACCUGAUGCCCAGGCUGUUAAGACAGAAACUCAGGAUAUUAUGCCAGAAGCCCAGAAUAUUGAACUAGAAGAUGGGAGUAUUGUAUCUGAAGUCCAAGAUUUGCUACCCAAAGAACAGUGUGUUCUUCCCACAGACCAGAAUGUUCUACUCAGAUGUCAGGACCAGGACUUUCUACCUAAAAACCAGGUUUUUCCACCCAAAGACCAGAAUAUUCUACCCAAAUGUCAGGACCAGCAUGUUCUCUCCGAAGACCAGAAUAUUCAGUCCAAAUUUCAGGACCAGGAUUUUCUACCCAGAGACCAACACCAGCAUUUUCUAUUCAGAGACCUGUGUGUUCUCCCCAGAGCACAAGAUUUUCCACCCAGAGAUCAGAAGGCAAAUUUGAAGCAGCCAGCAUCAAUUUUGACAGACAGGAGAGGGAGAGAGGCGUUUCCUCUGGAUGUCCAUCAGGAUCUUCUACACAGCAGUCAAGAUCAGACCUCCAUCAGGGACAAGAAAGUACGCUUCAAGGAGUCAUAUUCUGAUAUGUCAAGUGAGAAAGGGAGAGAAGGCUUUUCCCUGGCAAGUUAUCAGUACCUGCCUCCUAAACUCCAGGACUAUACCUUCAUCAGAGAUCAGAACAAGUGUCUCAAGCAACCUGCCUCUUUUGAGAAAUGGGAGAUUGAAAGAAGAAUUGUUUCUGGAGUGCCAUCGCACAGGAGCUAUGGGCAGGCCUUACAUAAUUUGACAGAUGAGAGAUGGAGAAAGGAGUUAUUUCCAGAGUGCUGUGAAUAUGUUUUACAUGAUAUCCAGGAUCCACGUUCUGCCAGAGAACAGACCUUAUGCUUCAGGCAGCAGCCGUCUGUUGGGACAGCAGAAAGAUGGCAAGAGGAUUUGUUUCUGGAUGGCCAUCAGCAACUUCCACCCAAGCACCAGAGAGAGGCUUCCAGCAGAAGACAGCAGGUGUAUGGUGAAUAUCAGUCAAGAUUGAACACCGAAUUCCAAAUUCCACCAGCACUUCAGUCUGGAGUAGAUCAAGAAGAAGACAAGAAAGAGCGUCAAAAGCAAUACCUGCGAUACAGACGACUUUUCAUGGAUAUUGAAAGAGAACAAGUAAAAGAACAACAAAGGCAAAAAGAACAUCAAAAGAAAGCUGAAAAAAUUAAAAAAAAGAAAGAGCAGCAACGUUACGCUGAGGAGCAGAGGAUACUAAGAAUGAACUUCCACGAAGAGCCAUGUUCAGGAGAGAAGAUGAGUGAGAAAAUAGCCCAGCUACAGCUUGAGGAAGUAAAAGAAGCCAGAGAAAAACAACAACAGAGAGAGAAGGAAUGCCAAAGAUAUACGGAAGCUCUAAGAGCCCAGAUCCAGGAGAAAAUGCAGCUGUAUAAUAUUACUUUACCUCCACUAUGCUGUUGUGGUCCUGAUUUUUGGGAUGCGCAUCCUGAUACCUGUGCCAACAAUUGUAUUUUCUAUAAAAACCCUAGAGCAUAUACCCGGGCACUACAUUCGGUCAUCAACUCCUGUGAUAUCCCUGUGGGGAACUCAGCUCUUCGAGUCGCCAUGCAUAAUUUGGUUUCUGCACACAGACGGACUUUGAAAAAUGUGUAAUGAGAAUCUGAAUCCAACUGUUAGUAUUUCAGUCUUCAUUUAAAACCAACCCUGAGAGAUUAUUUAGGAAAAACUGAUAAAGUGUAUAAGAUAUGUAAUCUAGAAAGAAAGACUGUCCCACGUAACAACCGUCACUAUAAUUAAAUCAUUACCAUUGUUUCAGUCUGUGCUUGGGCUGAAAUUGAAAGCUGGCUUCCAAGCUUGUCUUUUUGCCGUGAACUGUGCGGAGUCUCUUGUUUUUAAAAAAUGAUCAGUUAGACCAGUAAGGUUUUUUUACUUAGCUCUGCUCUGAUCACAAGAGAUCAUGAGAAAUCAUUGAGAUUAUCUCAUUUAUUGCCUUUUUAAAACUGUUUCUUUGAGUCUUGACAAAACUGGAAAUGUCUAGAUAAAACAGAAAAGAUGAUGAAAUGGGUUUCUGAGCAUCAGUGGCCAUCUACAUUCCUGUUAGCUGUUCUAGUUAUAUAUAGCGAUUAGAGAUGAGAAGAAUCUGAAUUUGAUGCACAUUUUGUUUUCCUCAAGAUUUUUCUCUCCUGGUUUUUAAACUUAUUGCCUCUUUCCCCAUUCAGUGCCAUUGGCCAUAGUACUUUACAAUUUUAUAAUUUUGUACUGUAAAAACAAGAUAAAUAAACCCUCUGUCUUUUGAGCUUC